AUGUACUUUGUGAUCUCAGUGUUUCUACUGGCGCUCGCACAAAGCUUGGUAUCAACCGUCACCCCUUCUGCAACCCAUGUUCGAUCAAAGGAUCAAAGACUUCGGCCUCGUUCCUCUCCUUCUGAAUCCGGAAUGCCAACCACCCUCUCCAACUCAAUUGCCAUUCAUCCAAAGCUGAAUAUUCACCAGGAUCUGAACACAACUACCCAUAAUUAUUCACACUCAUUAUGUCAAAGUCGUCCCCUGACACCGUCACUUUGGAAAAAAUUAGAUAUGAACUCCUACUUGGAUAAUUAUCCCAACGGGAAAGACUUGAACUUGGAGGCGUACGCCUCACGAGCUGGCGGGUUAGAUUUCCAAUGUGGGAUUGGUCGAAUUUGUAAUCCUGGUCAACUGUGCGAGAGUAUUUAUGGCCAGGACUGGUACGCACUAGUUGCCGCGCAAAAUUGGAACAAUUUUGUGAAUAUGCUUUAUCAAGCCAUCGGAGACGCGUUUGACCAGGCUGCAGAUGUGCUUCCGACGAUGUUGGUAGAUUUCGAAAAUGAUUUCAACAGAGCUCCUCGGCACUUUACAGCGUGGUCGGGAUUGAUUUCGAAUUGGAUAGGCUCUUUUCCUGCCUCUCUGUUCAAGUCUAUUGGCCCUAUCGCAGGUUCAAUUUGGGGUUCAUGGGGAACAAUCUCGUGGCUAGGGCUCGCAAUGAUCUCCUACCAGGUCACCGCCAUGGGAUGGUUGGAGACAUGGGUCAUCAUAGGAGGAGAGGGAGAAACUCGUUUCAAGCGGUCGGCCUCCAUCAAUUUGAUGCUGGGGGAAGCACAGCAUACGGUGCAGGGAAUCAUCUCCAAUAUUACCCAGGAGGUUUUGGAAGCUGGCGUGAGUACCAAGAAAGGGUUAGCGGGUUUAAAUCGUGACGGGAUUUUCCUCUCGGCGACGCCAUUCACCGACCGACUAACUGUACAAAGAGAGUAUGAAAAAGUGUUGAAGUUGAAAACUUUGGUCAAGAUCUGGAGAAUUCAGAACGUGUUCAUCGUGCGCGGUGCUGACCCAUGCACGCAAGGAGGCAAGAAUGGCGCAUUUGAUGAUCCCAAAAGACUGUCAUACUGUGGAGAGGAUGCCACUAUGAUGAGCAUUGUGAGAGCAGAGGGUAAAGGACAUGAAUUUGACCCCACCAUCCACCAUGCCUUCCUGGUUGAAGCCAAGUACGGGUUUACAACGGAGUACCUUACAACUGCAUCAUGGGAAUGCCAGCAGAAAUAUGGAGCUUUUGACUUUGAGCCCCAGCUUUGUCGGAAUAUGACCGAUAUCCGUAACUUGCACGAGCUAGAGGACUGCAUCGUUAAUCUUCCAGUGUGCGACUGCACUCGACCAGAUAUCAAGGAAGCUUUGAAAAAAGGUCUCUCCCUUACAAAGGCUUGCCGACAGAUUGGCGGAUUACCGAUCUAA